UUUUUAAAAAUUUUUUUAGUCUGUCGCAGCGUCUUUGAAACGGUUGUUUUUCUUCACCGGUAAAUGAGUAAAAGUAUCCGUUCCCGCGUCUUCAUGAGUUGCUUUUGUUUGGAGGAAGUUUGCUGUAACUUUUCCUUUGCUCUGAUUCCCACCGAUGGACCGACGGGAUUUUAUCUUUAUCAUUUUUUAGGAAGAAGCACAAGUAGACCACAUGGAUUAUAAUGACCGUUAUUAGCCAAAAUGAUUGUUUACAUAAUGAAGCAGGAAGAUGUGACGUUUGGCUCAUACCUGAAGACACCUCAAGGCUAUAAAUCUAUUUGUUAUUAACGUCUGGACAAAACAACACCUGAUCAAGUGGAUCUUCCCCUCCCUGUUUGUUAAAAAGCCCUUCAUGUGUUCACUAAUGGUCAACUGGGGGUGAGCUGAUUUCUCCCUCCCAACAUGCUGGCUCUGAGAGUGGAGCAGGCCAGGCGGGAGCUGGCUGAAGCUGAUCACCUGCCAAAAGAGGCCACCCCUGUUCGGCAGGGCUGGCAGUCAGGGAGGCCGGUCUUGCACAAUUGUAUAAACAUUAAGGAGAAGAUCUCCCAGUGGGAGAUUCGGAGUCAGCAGAGCGGCAGCCAGGACGCUGGAGUCAGAGCACAUCCACCCAUCAUAUCCAGAACCCUGUCAGGUGACCUGCUGGGCUAUGGCUGUUCUAACAAAAGCUUGGGAGUCGGGAUUCAGGCUAAAGACAGCCGCUCAAGAGCAAAGAGUACUGAACUGGAUUUUAGGGAAUCUCCGUCGCAGGUUGGGCACAGUGUUGCCGGUCGAAAGUCGGAACCAUUGAGGAACUUUUCCGCUCCGUUUUCAGCCACAUCCCCUGGAAAAAACAUAACACAACAUUUAGCAUCUUCUAAAUUAGAAGUGGACACCCUUUCUUCAGCCGAUCCGGUCUUCUCAACCAUCACAGAUCCCAAAGUUGAUCGUAUUCCAGACGUCUUAAUAGUCUCCAAGCCUCUACCUCCAUCAGCCGGCGAUCAGGAAGACAACAUGCCUGCUGGAAACUUCUACACUUCUCGGGGGUUCUGGCGGAAGCUGGAAGGGGACAGACUGCUCUGGGAGAGCGGCAGGAGCAGUGUAGGUGAAACCCCGCCCCCUCCCAAACCUCAGCGGACAUUCCAGUAUCGUGGAACCACCAUCAACAACAACAAGAUGAACCAUGCGGUGCAGUGGGACGGCAGAUCCUCUCAUAACGACAACCGCUCUACAGUGAGGAGCAGGAGGGUCGUAAAGCCGCCGAACUUCCCACCCCCGCCAUGUCCUGUUAUACAGAUCGAAGGGCUAUCAAGGCAUAAAAAGAGCAGGAAGUCCUUUGAGUACGAAGACGCAUCCCGUCUAACAGCCCAGCAGGGUACUGUGGGAAAUGGAGACAUCCACCCUGACCUUUACCAUGCCUACUCUGAUGACAACAUUUAUGAAGACAUUGUGUAUGAGGGAACCAGGGAUUACCCCUGUGACGACGUCAAGCUGUCCACCAUGUGUCUUCCUGCAAGGCCCCCUCUUCCAAAGUUUCCUCCCAAACGUCAAACAGUGCAAGGAUACACAGGAAAGGUGGAGAAGAAAGUAUCUCGGGCUUUUUCUGCAUCCAAAGCCUCAACCUUUGCACAAGCUCCCAAACAAGCAACACCUCGAAACGCCAGCUCUCAGAAGGUCCACAGGACUCCUCAGUAUAUCGCCAAGAUCGAGACCAUUUUUGAUGACAAACGAGGGAGGAAGAGAGUGAAGAACCAGGGACCUUUAGCACGAGACGAGACCAGUGGGACGGAGAGCGACCCUGAGGACAACACUGAAGGUUCCAGAAGAUCCGUUUACAUCCAGUCCACGCUGAGACGGCGGCCGGGAUACCGCACCCUGGAGAGAGACCUGAUUCAGCUGCAGCAGCAGAAGCAGCAGCUUUUCCAAAUCUUCGUGGUGGUGUCGCUCAGAAAAAGCUCCACAGGAAACACUUACUCCCCAGAAAUUACUCAGCAGUUCCCAAAAUUGUUCGAGAAGUCGUCCCGUCCGUCCAGAGAAGUUGAAGAUCAGCUAAAUGUGAUUCCUAAAUUCUGCUUCCCAGAUCCACAGGACUGGAAGCCCUCCGCCCAUACGCCAAGUGAGACCUUUUCCUUUGUGCUGACCGGAGAAGAUGGGAGCCGCUGGUUUUGUUACUGCCGUAGGAUCCUGCCGAGUGGAAAGGGGAAGAGGCUUCCUGAGGUGCAUUGCAUUGUCAGCAAGUUGGGCUGUUUCAACCUGUUUGCAAAGAUCCUGGAGGAAGUAGAGCGGCGCAGAGAAAUAUCUUCAGCGCUGGUUCAUCCUUUCAUGCGGAGCGUGAUGGAGGCCCCGUUUCCAGCCCCCGGACGCACCGUCACCAUCAAGAGCUUCCUUCCCGGCUCUGGGAAUGAGGUCCUCACUUUGUGUCGGCCAGUGGACUCCAGGCUGGAGCAUGUGGACUUUGACAGCCUGCUGCAGUGUCUCAGUGUCGGGAGGCUCCUGCAGGUGUUUGCUUCCCUUCUGCUGGAGAGGAGAGUCAUCUUUGUUGCUGACAAACUCAGUGUGUUAUCCAGAUGUGGCCACGCUGCGCUAGCCCUGCUCUACCCAUUCACUUGGCAGCACACAUUCGUCCCUGUGUUACCAUCGAGCAUGCUGGACAUCAGCUGCUCUCCGACCCCGUUCCUCAUCGGCGUGCUGGCACCGUGUCUGCCAGAACUGCGGGAGCUGCCUAUUGAGGAGGUGCUUAUCGUGGAUCUGUGUGCGGAUAAAUUUGUCAUACAGCUUGGUGAUGAAGAUUGCAUCCUGCCCAGUAAACUACAGGCAGCUCUGCAGCAGAUCCUGGAGGACAGAGAGGAUAUUCUGAGACAAAGCAAUGGAGACACAUGUGGAGACCAGCAGGCCGACCUGAGCUCGCUGGUGUCUGAGGGUUUUGUUCGGUUUUUCGUGGAGCUGGUCGGCCACUAUCCUCUCCAUCUGGUGGAGGCCCCCAGCGGAAACAAGGAACUUCAGCGAGAGAGCUUUCGCAAAUCUCACCCCUCACGCGGCGUGCGGCAGUUUCUGCAGCUCUUCAUGGACACGCAGAUGUUUGCCGGCUUCAUUCAGGACAAAGAGCUGCGCAAGGGAGGAGGAAAAGGACUGUUUGAAUCCAGAGUGGCUCAGUAUCUGGAUUCCUCCUCGGAGCCUGAACCCAGCGGUGUGAACAAAUUUCUCAAAGGACUGGGAAACAAGAUGAAGCUCCUUCAGAUUAAAUAAAUAAAGCUCAGUUCCUUCACUCAUAAAGGAGAGAAAACAUAUUUUAAAAACAGAACAGACUGGAGCGGUUUAGGGAAACGUGG